CCUUCUCACAGCACGAGGGUGGGGGUGGACCUGCGCCAGGCAGGAGGCUUAAGGAGACGGCCCAUGGCUCGCCUCAAACCCAGGAGUUCCGUGGGCGAGGGAGCCCAGGGCACUCCCCGCCAUAGCUAGACGCGGGGGGGGUGGGGAGCCCGCCACCCUGAGCUAGCGAAUCCUGCGACGACUGAAAUGCCUGGACUGACGACCCAGACGAGCAGAGCGAGCUCCUUUCGCAACCCGGCGAGAAGCCAAGGAGCUGGCCUCUCCGGGCGCUCCCUGGUCAGAAUGCGGUGCUCCUGCGCGCGAACUGCAUGGGCCGAAAUCUGAAGGAGACACUUCAUGCUGGACCCCGCCCUGAAACUUUCAACAAAAGCAUGGCGAGGUCAAACCAUCCUGGCCUGCGGAGGGAGAAGCGGGAGUUGCGAGACGAAGAAGAGGGGCUCACUUCCCGGACCAGGGCAAGGGAGCAAGAGUCAGCGAUUCGCCGAGCCCGACAUAUUCGACCCAAGAGAGCCGGGACCAGAGACUAGACAGGACACGGAGAGGAUGAGAACAAAGGAUGGAGGAAGAGUCGAUCAGACAGCAAGCCGCCCGCCUGGUGCAGGGACGAUGGCGGCGUCCAACAUAAAAACACUCAAACGGCCUGCGCAAGCCUACAGCCGAUCUUCAGCCCUAGACCUCUGGCGCCACGGAGAAACCACGACGACCGAGGUUCCUCAGCUUUGGCCUCCGGAGGCCCGUUCCGGGCGCAGGGGCCCUCGAAGGAUAAGUCGCGACGAACAGCUGGUCCCAGCGGUCGGGUCAGGAGCUCCACGGACCCUGCAAUGACAAACGCCACGACGUCGGAGGUCUGUGGUCUGAU